AUAGCGGAAGUCCGCGCAGCCUGGGCGGGACUUCCGGCUACCGUUGCGUGAGUCUUAUGCUGACGGAGUGGAGCUGGCGGAGCCGGGAUGGUGCUGUUGGAGAGCGAGCAGUUCCUGACGGAGCUGACCAGGCUCUUCCAGAAGUGCCGGCUGUCGGGAAGCGUGUUCAUCACCCUGAAGAAGUAUGAUGGGCGAACCAAACCCAUUCCGAGGAAAGGCUCUGUGGAGGGCUUUGAGCCCGCAGACAACAAGUGUCUGUUAAGAGCGACUGAUGGGAAAAAGAAGAUCAGCACUGUGGUGAGCUCCAAAGAAGUGAAUAAGUUUCAGAUGGCUUAUUCAAACCUAUUGAGAGCUAACAUGGAUGGGUUGAAGAAGAGGGACAAAAAGAGCAAGAGUAAGAAGACCAAAGCAGCACAGUGAAGGCACCAGAUUCCCUGCUUUUCCCCCAACUAACCACUGAAUUGCUAUUUUUCCUUUGGUUUUUACUUUUGACCACAAAGCUUUCUGGUUCCCCUACAAUAACUAUUUUCAUGUGAGAUUAGGGUCAUUUUGGAUGGGAGAAGGGAUGUAAUGUUUACAGGGUAGUCUUUAGAAGCCAGUUUAUUUUAGGUCUGGCUAAUUGGUCUGUGUUGCGUAGGGUAUAUUCUUAAAAUCUCUGUAGCCAUCUGUGUGAAGAGGAAUGUAUCAUUAAAUCUAUUUAUCAGCA